AUGCAUUACUUCCUCAUAUCGCUCCUCGCACCCCUCUUCGCACUCCUCGCAUCCGCCUCGUCAGACUGGUGGUACUUUGACGCAUGGGACGGCCUUAGUUGCGGCGACGCGCCGCAAAACGGCGAACUACUCACUACGACCGAAGGAAUGGGAAGCCAAAUCUGCAUCAGCCUUGACGAGAGCCAGAGAGCUUACUCGUAUGUUUCGGCGUUCGGGGAGGAAGAGACCGAGGUUCGAGGGUUCCUUCAUGAGCACUGUACCGGGCCGAGUAAGGUUCUGUUGAAUAAUACUUGUAUGAACCCUGAUGCGGAUAUGCCGUAUAUUCGGUCAUGGAAGGUUUUUGCUGCUGAGAUUUCUGAUUGA